AAAGAUCCAAAUUCUUCAAGGAAGAACCGCAACGGAUCCUCGACCAAACUCAUUUGCUGUAGCUAUCCUUCCUACCGUAUUUCAUCCGUCCAACAACACCAUCCAUCGACCAAACCACUGGACCACCAUGAGCGAGACAACAAGCACAACGACAACCCCCACAUCCGCUGCAACCCCAAGCGAGGAGGAGGUCGUCCAGACGGGCAACAUGUUUACCCGUUCGAAAAUGUUCAAGAGUAUGGUCAAGUGGGCCUUUUCCAUUUGUGACGACGACAAGAGUGGCGAAAUUGGCAAAGACGAACUUUACACGGGAGUCCUACUCGUUCAUCUAUACAUUGCCAAGUACGCUGGAGCAGCCGCUUGUUUCCCCGCCACCCGCGCUACUGUGGACAAGUUGUUUGAUGCUUCGGAUGCGGACAAUUCAGGCUCGAUUGACGAACAAGAAUUUGCCACGAUUUUGGUAGUGACGUGUGGGAGUAUCUUUUCACGAGUCCUCUUGUAUUUUGCCCUCUUGCUGUUUGUCUCUCCCAUUGGCGCCAAGGGCAUUGUGGCGGUAUUGGCGUACAUGGUACAAGGCACGGUUUGGUUUCAAGCCAUUCGACAUGCCGUGCAAGAUCCCAUUAGCAAACAUCCGUUUAUUGACAAUUUAUUUGAUUGGGAUACACUAGCGGAAGAUCUUAUUGGCAAGGUCGUCUUUUUUGUCGCAUUUCCCAUUGUAUUCCAAGCCAUUGAUGACUUUUAUCAGGUUGCGGCCGAAGGGAAUAUGCUCAAGAAACUAGAAGCCAUGAAGCAAAAGAUUAAAGAUGAAGCAAUCAAGAAAAAGACGGAACUAGGAGCCAUGACAGACAAGAUUAAAGCCAAAAAAACCGAAUGAGACAGCAACAAGCUACUCGAGCAACGACGACGACAACAACAAUCCAAAACCGCAAAAAGAAACAAAAAUGUAUUUUCAAUUCAAAGGGGAGCAAUUAUCACGCCGCAGCAACCCCCUUUUUGGAGAAGAUUAAUCAUUUGGAUCAUGUUGGAGCAUCACACAGACAAAACGGAAUAUUGAAAUGCAUGGCUCAUGACAAUCCACGUAUACGGUGCCGUAGAUAGGAGUGACGUCCAAAAAAUGAGUAGUAGUAGUAGUAGUAGUAGUAGUAGUA